AUGGCUAUUUCCUCAAUGCCAGCCAUGAAUCAACAACGCCGUCCAACACUACCUUCUCUUCAUUCCCUUGACUUGCCCACAUUAUCUCCAGCGAUACCUAGGCCCAGCACGUCCCCGUACGCAUUAUACGACAAUGGACGUCAUUCUCAACCUCAACCUCAGCGUCCAAGGCAAAGGCAGUUCUCCACGUCUUCAUCACGAACUCCUUCUCCUUCUCUGUCUGAAAGCACGGAUAGGCAGAAAACAUUCAUGACCGCUGUGGCCUCGACGUUUCCUCCACAUCUUCUCCCGCAAUCAAAAGGACCAGAUUUGCGUCUCAUCCCAUGCUCAUCCGUAGACGAUGCCGAUGCAGUUGUAUUUGUACCACCUCGUUCGCUCACUCUACCAGCCGAACAAAACCAGGCGUUGCUGCUCGUCGGGCCAGCUUUGAGCCAGUUCCGUCACCCGCAACGGCAAAUCGCAAAAGGAGCGAGAAUACAUCCCUAUAAGUUCGCUAGAUCGAACGACAGGACACAGAUGAGGAGAGUGUCUUCAUCUUCCUCGGUCACAACGGUCUCGUCGACGGCUACUUGCUGA